AAAGAAUCCACCGUAUAAUAACUCACAGUGCAGCAUAACUUAAGUUUAAUUUAUUUGACCAAUGUUUUCGUAUUUACUGUGGUAAAUUCUACCGUUAUUAGCAGUGUCCUAGAUUCACUCUCCAGUUUGAUCGGUUACUGCGAUGCAACAAAGGGUAUUGUUGAAAUCAGAAGAGAGUAAUGAGCAGCUGCUGCGGUUUGAGGUCUGGUUCGGUCAUCAUGGAAACCGAGUUGACUAGUAAAAGAAGGGGUUUUGCUUCCAUCUUUGGUUCCUCGGUUAAGCCUAGAUCACUCAGGUUUCAACCUUCUGAUGAAGAUAUUGAGGAUCUUAUCCCCAAUAAUGCUCCAAGCAGAGUUUCUGGAACUGUUUUUCCCUAUGUCGGUGUUGCUUGUCUUGGAGCCUUUUUAUUUGGUUAUCAUCUUGGGGUGGUAAAUGGUGCUCUUGAGUACCUUGCCAAGGAUCUUGGAAUCGCUCAAAACACUGUGCUACAAGGAUGGAUUGUCAGCACGUUACUUGCUGGUGCUACUGUUGGUUCAUUUACUGGUGGAGCGUUAGCCGACAAAUUUGGUAGAACUAGGACUUUUCAGUUGGAUGCAAUCCCUCUAGCAGUUGGAGGAUUUCUUUGCGCUACGGCUCAGAGUGUUCAGACAAUGAUCAUCGGUCGCACAUUAGCUGGUAUAGGAAUCGGUGUUGCGUCCGCAAUCGUACCGCUAUACAUAUCUGAGAUUUCUCCGACUGAAAUCCGUGGUGCACUUGGGUCUGUUAAUCAGCUUUUUAUAUGUAUUGGGAUUCUUGCAGCACUAGUGGCUGGUUUGCCUCUUGAGGGAAAUCCUAUUUGGUGGCGGACAAUGUUUGGAAUUGCGGUAGUUCCAUCUAUUCUAUUAGCACUUGGAAUGGCAAUUUGUCCGGAGAGUCCGCGCUGGCUUUAUCAGCACGAGAAAAUAUCUGAAGCUGAAAAGGCUAUUAAAACAUUAUAUGGAAAAGAAGUAGUUGCUUCGUUUAUGCAGGACUUGUCAGAAGCAAGUCAAUGUUCUUCUGAACCUGAAGCAGCAUGGCUCGAACUGUUCAGUAGCCGAUAUUGGAAAGUUGUCAGUGUCGGGGCAGCACUUUUCUUGUUCCAGCAAUUUGCCGGAAUAAAUGCGGUGGUUUAUUAUUCAACUUCCGUCUUCCGCAGUGCUGGAAUUGCUUCAGAUGUUGCAGCAAGUGCUCUUGUUGGUGCAUCAAAUGUUUUUGGCACUGUUGUUGCUUCCUCCUUGAUGGACAGAAAAGGAAGGAAAAGUCUCCUUAUCACAAGCUUUAGUGGGAUGGCUGCUUCUAUGUUGCUUCUUUCUGUGUCUUUUAGCUGGAAAGUCCUUGCUCCAUACUCGGGCACCCUUGCAGUCCUCGGGACAGUCCUAUAUGUUUUAUCAUUCUCUCUUGGUGCUGGUCCAGUGCCUGCCCUUCUUCUACCAGAGAUAUUUGCAUCUAGAAUCAGAGCAAAAACAAUUUCUCUGUCAUUAGGCACACAUUGGAUAUCCAACUUUGUUAUAGGACUCUAUUUCUUGAGUGUUGUAAACAAGUUUGGAAUAAGCACUGUGUAUUUAGGGUUCUCAACUGUGUGUCUUCUUGCUGUCUUGUACAUAGCUGGUAAUGUUGUGGAAACAAAAGGUCGUUCAUUGGAAGAAAUUGAACGUGCUCUUACUCCUGCAAAUUAGAAUUUUUGUACCAAUAGUACUAUGUUACUAAUUUUCCUCUUGAUGUAUACUUUUUUUAUUUGAUAUAUCCAUUUACUUUAUAAAUUCUUAUAUUCAUGACUUACAA